AUGGAGUCAGCGAUGACACCGUAUGUGGUUGGCUUCUCGCUUGAUGGCCUCGUUAUUUGCUACCUGUUUGGUGUUCCCUGCAUGUUGCAGGAAGUUGCAUCGGCUGCGCCGUUUCGCCUAGGGCCCGGCACGUGUGAGACUGAUAGAUCGACUUCACAAACACAAGGCUCUGUGAGCUGGCACGAGAUCGCAUCCUUCCUCCCCGGCCGGACCAACAAAGACUGUCGGAAGCGUUGGUAUGGGACCACAGCUACCAAAGUGAACAAAGGACCUUGGACCGAAGAGGAGGACGAACGCCUGGGGAAAGCCGUGCAGCACCACGGCACCAAAUGGGCUGUUGUGGCUUCGGUCGUUGGCACAAGGCUGCCGGAUCAAUGCUCCAAACGGUGGAUGCACGCACUCAACCCGGAGAUAGACCACAGUCCAUGGACGCCGGAGGAGGUAGUGUUUGCCUGCUCAUUUUCUCCGAAAGACUUUGUUUUUCUGAUGCAUGCUUGUUAG